GGCCGUUCGUAUAUCUUCUUAGGAGAAAUGUCUAUUCAAGUCCUCUGCUCAUUUCUAAAUUGGGUUGUUGGUUUUUGUUGUGGAGUUGUAGUUCUUUUAUACAUUCUGCAUAUUAAACCCUUAUCAGAUAUAAGUGACCAAAUAUUUCUCCCGUUAUGUAGGCUUUUUCUUCACUUUCUUGAUAAAGUCCUUUGAUGUACAAAAGAUUUUAAUUUUGAUGUCUAAUUUGUCUAUUUCAGUUUUUGUUGUUCAUGCUUUUGGUGUCAUAUCUAAGAAUUCAUUGUCAAAACAAGGUCUUGAAUCUUUACCUGUGUGUUUUCUUCUAAAAGUUCUAUGAUUUUAGUUCUUUUAUUUAGUUUGCUGCUCCAUUUUGAGUUAAAUUUCAUAUGUGGUGUGAGGUAUGGAUCCACAUUCUUUGCAUGUGGAGAUCCAGUUGUCCCAGCAACUUUUGUUGAAGAUACUAUUUUUAACAUAUCCAAACUCCAUGAGAGACCAAAUUACUGGGCUGUGGGGACCAUGGUCUUGGGGAACAUCUAGCUCAGUUGGCAUAACAUAGUUUAUAAAGGAAAUAGUCUACAUUCUACUGUGGUGAGUAGAGUCUAGGGUCUUAGAAGCUUGUGAGAAACCAUCUAAGAUACUCCACUGGUCCCACCCCAUCUGGAGCAAGGAAGAAUGAAGAAAAGCAAAGACACAAGGGAAAGAUUAGUCCGAAGGACUAAUGGACCAUAAUUACCACAGCCUCCACCAGACCGAGUCCAGCACAACUAGAUGGUGCCUGGCUACCACUACUGACUGCUCUGACAGGGGUCUCUAUAGAGGGCCCCAGACAGUGCUGGAGAAAAAUGAAGAACAAAAUUCUAACUCAUAGGAAAAAAAAACAAAACCAGACUUAAUAAUCUGACAGAUACUAGAGAAACCCCAAGAGUAUGGCCCCCCAGACACUCUUAUAGCUCACUACUAACGUCACUCCUGAGUUUCAUCCUUCAGCCACAGAUUAGACAGGCCCAUAAAACAAAAUGAGACUAAAUGGGCACACCAGCUGAGGAGCAAGGAUGAGAAGGCAGGAGGGGACAGGAAAGCUGGUAAUGGGGAACCCAAGGUUGAGAAGGGGAGAGUGUUGACAUGUUGUGGGGUUGGCAUACAAUGUCACAAAACAAUAUGUAUAUUAAUUAAUAAGAAACUAGUUUGCUCUGUAAACCUUCAUCUAAAGUACAAUUUUAAAAAAAUAUUUAAAAGAUGCUAUUCUUUUCCCAUUGAAUAGACUUAGCAUCUUUGUCAAAAAUCAAUUGACCAUGGGUGUAUGAGUUUGUUCCUGGUCUGCUAGCUCUGUUUCAUUGGUCUAUAUGUCUAUCUUUAUACAAAUACCAGACUUUUUUGAUUACUGUAGCUUUAUAGUAAGUUUUUAGGUCUUCUGAAUCUUGGUCCUGUGUCUUUCUAGCUAAUUAGGAUCUCCUAGUUCUUUGAUGGCUUUUCUGGGUCCUUAAUAUUCCUCACAUCUGGGUAAGCCCUGUUUAUCUAGUCGCAGACAGAUUGUGACAAGUGCACAAACCAACAUGAGCAACUCCCUGAUUUUGACCAGAUGAUAGUGUUCCAUGAUAAACAAAUCAUAUAUGUUUUCUUUACACAUAUGUAUCAGGGAGUUGUUAACUUGGACUUCAAAAAUAUCUGGAAAUGUUCAAGUCAGAGUUGGUAGUUUUCCUUUUUAGGUGAAUGAACAUUAUAUUUUAAUAGUUUUUUUUGCCAGUUACUAAAAAGUACUAAAUAUUUGUUUUAUUUAAAAUAUUUUUACCCAUUAGAAUCUUCAGCAAAUGUCAAUUAUAUCUUUCCAGUAACUUUUCCAAUCGUUGAGUAAUAUCAAAUUCUGAAUAUUUUCAAUAAAGAGUUGCUUUUCCAGCUGCUGGGUAAUAUGACAUAUUUUGAGAAGAUUGUUUCUGCAGCUGUUCAGCUAUUCUUUUCAUUCUAAUUUCAGGCUUUUAAGUUUAACUGGAUGGGCUCAGUAGUCCCACAUCGCAAAUCAAGUGAAAGGUUGAAUUAUCAUUGAGCAUUUCUUGAUAAUGUACACCAUAUUUCAAAUAAUGAAAUAAUGAAUUUUGGACACAAUGAUGUGUUUAAGUUGAUUUUUGAUACGUGUAAAUUAUUCUUGUUUGUGUACCUUAUUAAGUCUUCAUAUUCGAGUUGUCGAUUGAAACUAGCAUCAUUAGUUAAACACAGUAAGGACCGGGCCCACAAGAGUCCCUUGAAGGAUUAUGACAUAAUCACCAACAUUAAAUUUAGCUACACGGCCAUGAUAGAUAUAAAUUUAAACAGUUCCUAUGACAUAUAAAGUUCCCCAAAGCCAUAUCACAUGGAAGCUUAUAAGUGUCACAUAAAGCCUUCCAUGUAAAUAACGUUUACAUUUUACAUGUCUUGUCACAUGUUUAUGUGAAGGAGGAUAAAAGAUAUUGUAUAUUAUAUAUGGAAACCCUGGUGGAGUAGUGGUUAAUUGCUACAGCUGCUAACCAAAAGGUCGGCAGUUCGAAUUCGCUAGGCCCUCCUUGGAAACUUUAUAGGGCAGUUCUACUCUGUCCUAUAGGGUUGCUAUGAGUCGGAAUCAACGGCAGUGGGUUUGGUUUGGUAGGUUUUUUGUAAAUAUGUAUAUAUAUAUAUACACACAUAUAUAUAUAUUUGUUGUUGUUGUUAAGUGCUGUCAAGUCAGUUCUGACUCAUAGCGACCCAGUGUACAACAGAAUGAAACAGGCCAGGUAGCUGUCUUCCAAAUUUCUUGGCAUACAGCAGUGAGCACUUCCAGCUUGAAUUUUGUCUUCAGUUCUUUCAGCCUGAGACAUGCUGAGCCUGUUCUGGUUUUCUAACUCCAGGUCUUAGGUAAACACAGAUACGAUGAAACUACUUAUCAAACUCUCAAUCAGCUACAGGGCUAGAUCUUUCAAAGGCAUAAACUCUUCCAGUGGGAAGUGAUAUACUUUGAUGUAAUAAUGUGAGAUCUUAGAAAACCGGAGAGAAAUUUUUCCUAACUUGGAACUCAGUUGCUUAAGAGAGUCAUUUAUUUGUGGAAUAUCAUGAUUUUUCCAUCUCGUCUUUAUUAUCCAUAGAGCAGAAAAAGUUAGUCAGCAACCAAGAAAAAUCAGCUGUGUGAAUCCACUUUCUCUAUUCCCUUAGUAUAAAUAGUUGAUGGUUCUCCAGAUUCCUUGGUUUAGCAUGACACUCCUGGAAAAUGUCCACAGACAGUGCUUUGCUUUAAAGCUUAUUAGCUUAAGUUUUAAUCUCUCUAAGAAACUUUACAUUGUCUGUUAGACUUAAGUAUCCUUAGAUAUAGCAAUAUAAUAAAUGAAACUGUAAUGAAUCAUAAAAGAAAAAAUGCUGUAGUCAGUAAUAAACAUUACUGAAUACCUUAAUGUAUAACUUUAGAUGCUUGUAAACGAGGAAUGAAAUAGAAUGAAGUGAAGGUGAAAAAGACUUUAGAAGAAAAGAGCCCUACCUACCCGUUGCCACUGAGUCAAUUCUGACUCAUAGCAACCCUAUAGGACAGAGUAGAACUGCUCCAUAGGGUUUCCAAGGAGCACCUGGUGGAUUCAAACUGCUAAUCUUUUAGUUAACAGCCGAACUCUUAACCACUUAGCCACCAAGGUCUCUGAAAAGAGCCUAGACAUAGGUAAGAUAAAGAACAAUUAUUUAUUCUUUCUUGGUGCCUUAGUUAUCUAGUGCUGCUAUAACAGAAAUACCAUAAGUGGAUGGCUUUAACAAAGAGAAAUUUAUUCUCUCAUGUUAGUAGGCUACAAGUCCAAAUUCAGGGCAUCAGCUCCAGGGGAAGGCUUUCAUUUUCUGUCAGCUCUGGAGGCAGGUCUUUGUCAUCAGCCUUCCACUGGUCAAGGAGCUUCUCAGGCACAGGGACCCUGAGCCCAAAGGAUGUGCUCUGCUCCUGGUGCUGUUUUCUUGGUGGUAUGAGGUCCCCUUGUCUCUCUGCUCACUUCUCUCUUUUAUAUCCCAAAAGAAAUUUUCUUAAGCCACAAUCCAAUCUUAUAGAUUGAAUCCUGCCUCAUUAACAUAACUGCCACCUAUCCCCCCUUAUUAACAUCAUAGAGGCAAAAUUUACAACACAUAGGAAAAUCACAUCGGAUGACAAAAUGGCAGACAAUCACAAGACCAAGAAUCCCGCCCUAGCCAAAUUGAUACACAUAUUUUAGGGGACACCAUUCAGUCCAUGACACUUGAUAUACAAAACACAAAAUAAUGGAGGGAUGUAUUGUGGUGAGGUGGAUUGCUUUUAUAUGGCCUUUCUCUCCAUGGUCUUGAAACUCCCACCAAAUUAUUGGGUGGGACCGUGCAAAUAAGGUGCUUGUGGCCUACCGAGGGGAUUAUACAGCUUGCUCAAAAUGCAAACAAGGUGCAUGGCACUUUUGUGGGGGUGGGACUAUGCAAAUAAGGUGUAUAGAAUCCUUGUGAGGGGAUUGGUCAGUUUUGCCAUCUUGAUGGCUUAAAAUGAGCCACCCCAGAGGCAGAAAGAGGGGACCCACUAUCACCAAAAAAGAAGAGCCAGGAGUGGAGUGCAUCCUUUGGUCCCUGCGCUGUGAGCCUCCUAGACCCAAGAGACAGAGAGAGAGAGAGCAGUAACUCUGGAGAUGGCACGAGACGGCAAGAAGCAGCAGCAGAGAAACAGUGGCAGCAGAACCAGGAGUUGGCAAGAGACACUGCAGUGGACUUCUUGGCCCAUAGAGUGAGGCAGCUAUAGUGGGCAUGCCAACCAUGGAGCAAGAGAGCUGACCACCUUUGGGCAGGAGGCUUGCUGGAGGAGUGGGGUGCCUCCGGACACUUGGGAGAACUAGGCUUACUGACUCACAGAGUGAGAGAGCUGAGUGCCUUUAGCUCGAGGCUUAUUUGUGGAGUUGGGUGCCUCCAGGCAGAGCUAAAGAGCUUUGUAAUGCUUGUCUGAGCAGCGUAGGGUCCAAGGGACUGAGAGAGAGAGAGAGAGGCUUGCCUGCAGGCAUGGCCGAGAAGCUGUCCUGACCAAAGACCUGUGUCCUGACUCACUCCUGAUCCUGUAUAGUAACCUGUUACAUCCCUAAUAAACCCCAUAAUCAUGAGUAUUGUCUUUGAAUUCUGUGUGCCAUUCCAAUGAAUUAUCAAACCAAGCAGAGAAGUAGAGAGUACUGUGGGAGGGUUGGCUGGUGUUAGAAUUGGUAAAAAGGUUGGAGGAUGGAGGCAUGUUUGACCUUCACCCCUUAGGAAUCAACCUUGGGCUGAUGCUGAUGGUGAUUGUCUCUCCUCCCCAUCCUGAAGUUAAGGAGGUCAGACGCUCCAGUGCAAUCAUGUUUUACAUGUAUGUUGAUCCAAAAUACAAAUAAAAACUAGAAAGCUAAGUUAAGAAUGCUGAAGAUCAAGUUCAGGGAUAGGAAGAAUGAAAAGACAUUAAAGAAAAGAGAAAAAUCAAAGCUAAACAUACACACACACUCUAGAAUUACCUCUCUUUUGUCUUUGAUAGAAUUCACGCAUUAGUUCAUUUGUUUAUUACGCCAAUAAUUAUUAUCAAGUACUUAUUGUACCUUAGGUAGUAUGCUAGGUGCUAGGACACAGUGAUGAACAUGAAAGCAGAGAGCCCUUAAUGAGCUUACAGGUGAGUGGAGGAAACAGAUAAAUGAGUAGUCAUCACAGGAAUGACAAAGGCUGUGAUAGCAGAAGUACAGGAUGCUGUACCAAAAAAAAACAAACCCACUGCCGUCAAGUUGAUUCCGACUCAUAGCGACCCUAUAGGGCAGAGUAGAACUGUCCCAUAGUUUCCAAGGAGCACCUGGCAGAUUCAAACUGCCGACCUCUUGGUUAGCAGCCGUAGCACUUAACCACUAUGCCACCAGGGUUUCUGUAGAUUACAAAAGAGGUAACCUAACUCAGAUGCUGGAAGUACCUGAGUGGUACAAAUAGUUAAUGCAGUUGGCUGUUAACAGAAAGGUUGGAGGUUCAAGUCUACCCAGAGACAACAAGGAAGAAAAGCCUGGUGAUCUACUUCCAAAAAAUCAACUAUUGAAAACCCUAUGGAGCUUAGCUCUACUCUGACACACCAUGAGUCAGAAUCAACAACAACUGGAACCCAGAUGUAUAGGUCAGAAAAGGCCCUUGAGGGGAAGCACUCUUUAAUCUUACUUGAAGGAUGAGUUAACUAGGUGAAGGGGAAGGGAAGAAAAAGGAAUACCAUGUGUGAAUUCCUGAGGUGAAAAUGUUGGUACUUUCAAAGAACCGAAGUUCAAGAUGGCUGGAGCAUAGAGCAGGGAGGAAAGAGUGGCAAAGAUGAGGCUCAAGAGGGAGCAGAGUACUCAUCAUGAAUAGCCUUGGAAGCUACAUUUGAGUUUCACCCUAAGAUCACUGGGAAGCUGGGAAAUGAUGUAAUCAGGUUUCCAUGUUGAAAUAUUACCUACAUUGUAGAGGACAGCCUGGAAAAGAAAUAGACUGGCGACGGGGAGACCAGUUUGGAGAUUAGCAAGAGACAAUGAGAGCUUGGACUCAUCUUGUUUCGUCAGCAGAAAUGGAGUCAAGACAGCAAACAUUCACAGAGUAGUAAGGUCCUCUAUGACUUGUUUAAGCGGGUAUAAUAUGUGUUAGGAGAGGGAAUUACAAGUUGUGGCGUGUUAUUUCUCUUACCUUAUAUGUUUAUAAUGUUUUGCAAUGCACAGAGUACUUUCCUACUUAGUGUCAUACCACCCAUUGUUACUCAUGCAUGCUCCAAUCCAUUCAACAAAUAUUAAUUACCUUCUGUAUUCUGAGUUCCAUCGAAGGUGGUGAGGAAAUGGUGUUAUCACAAGAAACAAGAUUCCUCCUCUUGUGGAAUUUACACUCUGUUUCAGGGAGACAGGCUAUAAACAAGCAACCAAAUUAAUAAACAGGAUAUUUUCACAGAGUGAUGAGUGCUACAAAGGUAAUAAAAUGGAGCAACGUAGUAAUGAAGAGGGUGCUGACUGUGCCUAAGGAUGUCAGGGAAGGCUGACAUGGGAGCUAAGACUUGAAUGCCAAGAAGGAACCUGCCAUGCUAAGAUCUAAGGGACGAGCCUUCCAACAGAAGUAAAAGAAAAACUAAAGCACUGAAGCAGACAGGACAUGGUUUGAGGCAGGGCAGGUAGGCCACUGUGGCUGGAGAAGGGGAACGCCGGAGGAUGGGUGCAAGUGAGCAGAAGGGCAGGGCCUUGCGGGCCUGGGUAAGGACCUCAGAUUCUGUUCUAAGAGCAGUGGGAAGUCUAACGUAGAGGGUUUCAAGCAGAAGAGAGGUAUGAUCUGAUGUAUAUUUUACAAAGAUUACUCUGCCCUGUGGAGAAGGGCUUUUACAGAGGCAAAAGUGAAACCAUAGAGACCACCGAGAGGACAUUUCAUGUCCAGGAGGGAGAUGGAAGUGACUGGGGACAGAAGAAGCAGAGCUAGUACCACAGCGCUCCCAGUGUGGUCUGUGGAUUCCUGGGGGUUCCCAAGACCAUUUCAGGGGGACGCAAAGUCAAAACCUCUUUUUUUUCCUUAAUACCACCAAGAUACUAUUUGCCUUUUAUACUGUAUUGAUGUUUGCACUGAUGGUGCAAAUGUAACGAUGAGUAAAACUGCUGGUGCCACAGCCCAAAACAAGACAGUGAUACCCAACUAUACUGGUAGUCAUUAUAUUCUUCACUACCGCACUCACAGUAAAACAAAAUGCCAGUUUCACAUAAAAGUGUCCUUGAUGAAGCAGUAAAAGUUAUUUUUUAAAUUAAAUCUUAACCUUGGAGUGAUGUGUUUUUAACAUUCUGUGAGACAAAAUGGGAAGUACGCAUAAAGCACUUCUACUGUGGCAUAGUGGUUAAGUGCUACGGCUGCUAACCAAAAGGUCAGCAGUUCGAAUCUGCCAGGCGCUCCUUGGAAACUCUAUGGGGCAGUUCUACUCUGCCCUAUAGGGUCCCUAUGAGUCGGAAUCGACUCGUCGGCAGUGGGUUUGGGUUUUUUUUGGUUUGCUGUAUACAAAACCAUGAUGGUUCUCUCAAGGGAAAACAUUUGUACAAUGCUUUGGGUUACCAGCUGAACUAACUGUUUUUUUCACAGAGCACCUAUUUUACUUGGCAAAUUCCAGUUAUUCAGACUUAUGUAUUUAUUGGACAGACAUUUUUCCCAAAAAAUAAAUGAAGUGGGCCUGAUACUUCAAGGAAAACAACUGACAGAAUUUAUUACCAAUGAUAAAAUUCAAGCUUUAAACAAAAAUUAGAGCUUUUGAAAAAUGUAUCUGCCACCAUAAGUUUGAUAGCUUCCUAAUACUUGGAGUCUUUUUCUGAUGAAAUUGAUGGUAAUAUUAAAGAUCUUCUGAUACUAAAAAUGAAAUAUGUCAACAUUUAGAAGUUUUUCAUAACUCAGUGAACCAGUAUUUCCAAAUGACCGAUGUGUGCUGUUAGAAAAUCAUGCAUGGGUAAAAGAUGCACUCAAAGGAUAAGAUAGACCAAUGGAUUUUAAUGAAACAGAGUGAGAAGAGAUUAUUCAUUGGGUUUCAGAUUCUACAUUUUGAAACCGAUAUUUAAAAAACACCGCUUUUUGGUUCAAAAAGUGUGGUGUUUGAUCCAUUGGUGUAGGAAAAAGAGGAAUAGCCACAAUUAUUUUUUAAAAAUACUUCACUCCGUUCCAACUAUGUAUACCUGUGAGGCUAGAUUUUCUUCAGAUCUCCAAAACAUGUCACAACAGAUUGAAUGGAGAUGCAGAUAUGAGAAUUUAGCAGUACUCUAUUAAGCCACUGAAGAGAUUUGCAAAAAUGUAAAACCAUGUUAUUUGUCUCACUCUUAUUUUAGAAAAUAUAGUUAUUUUUCAUAAAAUAUAUUACAUUAACAUAUAAAUUAUUUUGUUAUUCAAAAUAAAAUGAAUUCUAUAUUUUUUUUAAUUUUUGUUUUAAUUUCUAAUGUGGUAGAUACCUAUAACCUACGUAAAAAUUCUUUGGGGCCCUUAUUAAUUUUUAAGGGUGUAAAGGAAUCAGUCCUCAGACCAAAAUGCUUGAGAAACACUGAGCAAAUGAAAAGUGUUCAGUUCGAAGUAUAUUAUGGGAAUAGGGCAAGUGGAAGCCUGAAUACUGUCUUUGAUUCUCUUCAGAUUUUUGUACUGAGCAACUGUGAUGAAAAAGACUGGACAGAAGCAGGUUUGGAGAGAGGUUAGUAAUAAGGAUUCUAUUUUGACCAUGUUAUAUUUGAGACUGCCCCUCAACAUAAAACAAACUGCAGUCAAGAAAUCAAACUGUGCAUUGCAUUGGGCAAAUCUGCGGCAAAAGACCUCUUUAAAAAGUGUUAAAAAGCAAAGAUGUCACCUUGAAGACUAAGGUGCACCUGACCCAAGCCAUGCUGUUUUAAGUUGCGUCAUAUGUGUGUGAAAGGUGGGCAGCGAAUAAGGGAGGCCAAAGAAGAAUUGACACCUUUGAGUUAUACUGUUGGUGAAGAAUAUUGAACAUACCAUGGACUGCCAAAAGAACGAACAAAUCUGCCCUGGAAGAACAGCCAGAGUGUUCCUUAGAAGCAAGGAACAUUCGUCUCACAUACUUUGCACAUGGAGCACUUUGUCUCAUAUACUUUGGACAUGUUAUCAGGAGGGAUCAGUCCCUAGAGAAGGACAUCAUGCUUGGUAAAGUAGAGGGUCAGUGAAAAAAAGGAAGACCCUCAACAAGAUGGAUUGAUACCGUGGUUGCAACAAUGGGCUCAAACAUAAAAACAAUUGUGAGGAUGGCACAGGAUCAGGCAGUGUUUCGUUCUAUAGUACGUACGAUUGCUAUGAGCUGGAACUGACCGGACGGCACUUAACAACAACAACAUAUCUGAAGUGUAAGUUAAGUGUACAAGUGAAGGUACCAAGGAGGUAACUGGAUAUGGAAAUCAGAGAAGUCAGCGCAAGAUAAACUAAAUUUUGGGGUUGUCAGCAUAUAGACGAUAUUUAAAACCACAGAACUGUGACUGAGUAUAGUUAGAGAAGAGGAAGGGGCCAAGGACUGAGCCCAGGAAUAUGCUCAUAUUUACAGGGUGAACAGAGGAAGAGAAGCCAGCAAAGGAGACUGAGAAGUAGUCACAGGUGAAGCAGACAAGAAGCCAGGACUGGAUGUUAUCGCUGAUGCCACCAUAAGAAGUUGCUCCACGGAGGAAGUGGGCAACAGUGUCAAAUGAUGGUGAGAAGCCAUGUAAGAUGAGAAAAGAGAAUUGAGCAUGGAAUUGGGACCAUGGAAAUCAUUGGUGACUUGAUAAAAGUGGCUUCUCUGGAGUAACACAAAAACCUACUUAGAUCUGGUUAAGGAGAGAAUAGGAAGAGACAAAAUAAAGGCAGCAAGUAUAGACAACUCUUUUGAGGGCUUUCGUUCCAAACAGGGGCAGAGAAGGGGGGUAUCUAGAGGAAGAUGUGGAGUCAAGGUAGGAUUUUAAGAUGGGAGAUAUUAAACAUGUUUGUAUGCCAGUGGAAGUGAUUCAAGAGAGAGAAAAAUUGAUGUCACAGGAAGGUGAGGAUAAAUACAGGAACUAAUUCCUUAAGUGAGGGAGAGGAGACAGAAUCCGGAGCUCAAGAAGAGUGAUCGAUUCCUGAUAGAAGCAGCAGCAUACAGAAAGGGCAAGAAUGGGACAUAUCAUCCCUAUGUUCUCAAUAAAACGGUUGACUGUUGAAAACCGCUAAACCUGAAGAAAUUUCUGGGCGGCUCUAAGACAAGAAGGCUUAGGUUCUGCAUUUCUUUGUGUUUUUGUGAUUGUUUUAUUUUGUUUCACUUGUUUGAGGCUGGAGAGAUGGUAGACCUUCUCCACUGCCCCAGCCAUUUGGUUUUCUUCCUUCAGACUUUGGGAAGGAGAGAGUUCACCUGGUAACCAGCAUGUGUAUUGGCCACCUCUGUCUGUGAUCUCACAGUCAGGCUGUUUCCCAGAAGUUUGGGGGUGGAGGAAGUUAGACAAAGAGUGCUUUGUGAUUUCUUUGACUGUUCACUUUCAGUAAUAAGCCACGUAAGUGUAGGCCCAUGUCCACUCAUCUCUGACAGGAGUCUUCUUGACCUUUCCUUGUUAUGUUGAUUAGAAGAGGAAACAACCCUGAAGUUGGAACGUCAUCUUUUUCCUCUUGAGACUGUAGGGAUGAGCAGCUUGAACUGGGAAGCUUAGUAAGAUUCUGUCCAUCCCAAACAAAUGCUCUCCAUCUUCCCAGGAGGAUAUUUUACAUACUGUUAUUGUUAAUGAUAAUGAGUACCAAUCAUUUUCUUCAGUAUCUCAGGUUAGUGAUACAUGACUAACUCUGUGUCAUCUCAAGACAUCCUCCAGGUGAGGGGGUGGUUUAAGAAAAAAAAAGGAAGUUAACUGUGUCUGGUUUCAUUAUGAAGCUGGGACUUGUGUCAGUCCCCACGCCGUAUGGGCAGGACACUGCAUAGAACAGAAAUCCUGAAAUCUGUUUCAUUAUUAAACAUCCUCUUGUCUUAGAUAGUUCUCAGUAGGAGAAAUAAAUAAAUAUGGUAAGUAUUUAUUCAAAGUUUCCUCUCAGGAUUUACCAAGCAGGAUUCCACACAGUAUACACACUGAGCCAAUUCCUAAACGGCAUUGUUUACUGAGUUCAUUUUCACCCUGACUGCCCACCACUUUGUAAGCCCAGUAUAAUUUUGUGAUUUAAAAAAAAAAUUCCUUGAGCGCAAUUCCUAUUUCUCUGCCACGUGUUCCUUUGCCACAGAGUAGAUAAACUGAAGAAAGAAGAGGGAUAAAAAAUGGGGGAGUAGACCUCAGAGAGUUGACAUUUAAUGAUAGCAAAAACUUCAAGCCCUAUAGUUGUAGCCAAAACAAAAAAUCAACUUCACAAAUAGUGAAUGUGGAAAAUAAAACUCGGUAGCAAUAUAUGAAAGGUCCUUGAGGGGCUUAAUUUUUACAAGCUCAAUCCUAGUCAUUGAUGGGAUGAAAACCCACUGCCAUGGAGUCAAUUCCAACUCAUAGCAACCCUAUAGGACAGAGCAGAAUUGCCCUGUAGGGUUUCCAAGGCUAUGAUCUUUGUGGAAGCAGACUGCCACAUCUUUCUCCUGCAGAGCAGCUGGUGGGCUUGAACCAACAGCCUUUCAGUUAGUAGCCAAGCACUUUAAUCACUGCACCACCAGGACUCCUUUUGAUGAGAUGAGGUUACCCAAAAAAUUAAUGAGAUUGUGACCUGCAUUGUAGGACUAAGAAAGUGAUAGAUAAUUCUGUCUGCUCCCCAUUGUUAAAAUUACACUAUGUUGAGUUCUCAUUGUAAUGGCUGUAUCAGCAAAUGUGCUGUUGGCUGUAAUCUGUUAAAUUUAAGUGAUUAUUUUUACAUUUAGAACUUAAUUCAUUUUCAAAAAAAAUUAAGUGGCCCAAGACAGUGAACCCAUGUCCCAGGUGACAUUCACAGGAACUAGAAACAAAUAUCUCAAGAAAAGAGUUGGGGCAAAAAGAGGAGGUAAAGCAAUGAUUGCUCCCGGACACUUGGGCAGGUGUUAUCCAUGGAGGCAGACCAAGAACCAGUGUUUUUAGGCUUCAGAGACAGCUCUCUAAUGAUAUAAUACAAUGAUAUUGUGCAUCUCUCUCUCCAGUUAGACUUGCUUAGGAGGUGUAGGACCUUCUCACUAGAGGUGUUUAAUCAGAAUCAACCACUUUGUGGUCAGACCUUCCAGAGCAGAUUGUACUAGCUGACCCCAAAAUAUGCUUCUCACCCUACUAUGAUAUUUAUUGGUUCAGCGAGAAUGUAGAUUGCUUUUCAUUGUCAUGUACUUCAAAUAAUAAGCUAGUAAGGUAAAAAAGAAGUGUCUACUUUUCCAGAGCUGCUGAUGGUUCCUGGGAAUAAUUUUAUGGAAUAAGUUUGAAAUGGAAACCCUAGUGGUGUAGUGGUUAAGUGCUAUGGCUGCUAACCAAAGGGUCAGCAGUUCGAAUUCACCAGCACUCCUUGGAAACUCUAUGAGGUAGUUCUACUCUGUCCCAUAGGGUUGCUAUGAGUCGGAAUUGACUCGACGGCACUGGGUUUGGUUUUUUUUAAUGUCAAAAAGAAGUGGCUACUUUUCCAGAGCUGCUGAUAGUUCCCGGGAAUAAUUUUAUGGAAUAAGUCUGAAAUGUUCUAGUAUUCCUGAAACUUCAGCUUCAAAAUAUGGAAAAGGCUUUUUCUGGUCAACCCUUGUCUCAAGAAAGAAAAGGAAAAUGUGUUGAAUACAUCCCGAGGCCAACAAGCCUCUGUCCUUGGCCUCUGACCUUCGUUUUCUUCUUCUUCUGAAAAUCAGUUGCUUUAGUUGGGAACUUUGAAGUGACAGACUUGAAGUGAGAGGCUCAUUAGCUCCAAGAGAAAAUGUUGGUGCAAUUUAUUGUUAUAAGCGGUAAAUCUUAAAUGAUUACUUUGAAACUUAGAGUCUCAAAUUUUGAAAUUUAAAAUCUGAACAUGAAGCCUUCUUAAAGCAGACUUUGAUGACUAAAACCAGGAAAAUUGCCCCAUCCUUCACUGUUCUUGGGCAGUGGUAACAAUAGAAUUAAAACCAAAAAACCAAACCCAUUGCCAUCAAGUCAAUUCUGACUCAUAAGGACCCUAGAGGACAGCAUAGAACUGCCCCAUAGGGUUAACAGUAGAAUUGCCACCCCCAUAAACAGAUGAAUCCAAAAACCCCACUGCCGUCAAGUUGAUUCUGACUCAUAGUUACCCUGUAGGACACAGUAGAACUGCCCCAUACGGUUCCCACGGCAGAAGCAAACUACCCCAUCUUUCUCCUGCAGAGCGGCCAGUGGGUUCAAACUGCUGACCUUUUAGUUAGCAGCUGAGCGCUUAACCACUGUACCAUCAGGGUUCCUCAUAAACAGAUGAAAAAGACUGAAAAACAGGAAGCAACAUCAAAUAGUUUUAAAUUAGUUUGGGAAACUCCUGAAAGUGGGUGUAACAUUGUGGGCCUUUAAAAAUGAAUCAUAUUUAUGCAUUUGAUGUAUGGCUACUUAAUUAUUUCUUACAGUUCAGCCUAACAUUCAUUUGUAUUUUUAUUUUCCUGGCUGUGUUUUGGCCCUUACUUGACGUGUAUAACUGCUGGUGGUUUGGUUCCCACUGGCGCCAUCAAUUUGUUAAACUAGUUACUGAUAAAUACGUUGUAAAGUAUGCACAGAAAAAAGAAACCACAAGAGAUCAAAGUAUUAGGUGAUUAUUUUUUUUAAAGAUUAAAAUUUGCUUAGUUAGCCCAUAGCAAGACCCUAAUGUAUUUGGCUGCAUAGCAGUCAGAUGGGGAAAGAUUUAGCAAACCUGUCUUCAGCAUGCAAAACAACAGUACAUGAAGACUUUGUUGCACCUCCACAUUCUUAAAGCUCCUUGCAACCACCUCCACUUCCUCACCCAAGGGUCAGUGUCUGCACAACUGGGUGUGCAUAAACCCCAGGUGCCCACUGCAGUCUGUCGCUGCACAGCCCUGAUCUAGAUGGCCCCCACACGGGCCCAACUCUAACAUUUGUGGGGCUCAGGCCAUGAGUACAAUCUAACCCCAAGUGCUUUAUGUUUAAAUAUUGAAAUGUUAUAAGUCAAGCUAACAAACUGCCCUUCUGCCUUGACAUGAUGACAUUUUAGAAGACCAGGUUCUAAUUUAGAAUUUACAGGCUGUUUGGAGUUCCAAGCUGGAAUAUGGGGAUGUGGGGAGAGCCAGUACACAGCCUGUCCCUUCUUGCCUGCUCCUUCUCAUCCCGCCCCGAUCCAUAACACACAUCUGGGAUACAUCCACAUCCCUGUGCACAGCUGCCCCUUGGCCAUCUGGUCACCCUUCAGGUGGUGUAGCCUACCCAAGGGAGGGUGGACCCAGGGAAAAGGCCUCCACUGACCCUGGAAGCUCAUUUGGGACCACGUGGGUGGGAGAUUAUGGGGCACAGAAGGCGGAUGAUGAGUUUGAGGCAGGGUAAGGACACGAGUUCCUUGGCCCAGGUAAAGGAGGGUAGGGCCCUUCUUGGUUGGGUCUGAAGGUAGUGUUGCCUCUGGAGUAGCUCAAGGAAAUCUGUUGCUACUGCUGUUUCCUCAUGAUAGAUAGCAAGUCAUUUCUCUGCGUAGAGCUCAGUCCUGCCUAGACUGGUGUCAGAGAACAUGGGCACUGUCUAUCAGAAGAGCACUGUCCCUCUAGACGUGGCAUGAGCAGAGUCAGUGCUGAGGGUUCAGGAUCGCGUUUUGCCUGAAGUCUUCACGUUUAUUCAUCCUCUCCUUUCAGCUUUAUUCCCCAUCAGUCCGCUGUGCAUGCCUCUCCCCUCCACACACACCUAGAUCUCUAACUCAAGGCCUGGAUCAAGAAACUGCUUUUCUUUAGAGUCUGUCACUCCGGCCCACCUUUAGCCCUCUCCAGAAUAAGUGAUCUUGAUAAAAUUAUGAGGUAUUGUAAAAUUUUUUGGAAAUAAUAUCACAGUACCCUCUAUACCUAAGGAUUUCUUCGGUGCUGGAGAAGGGUCUGUAUGUAAAUCAAAAGAACCGCAGUGUAUGUGACCCUCCCCCAAUCUCUCCAGCCCCUGUCCCACUCACCCCAGUCACUUUCUGAGUUGCUGACCAGGACACUUAACCUCUCUGUCCCUCAUUGUCCCCAUCCACAAAAAUGGUGAAUAAUUAACACCUGUUUCUAACUACUUCAAAUGAGAGUUUUCAGGACACAUUUUAAAAUAUAUAUGUAUGAAGGGCAAUCAAAAAUAUUCCAUCAAGCUCCCUUCCAGUAGAACUUCAUUAAAUUCUCCAAGAGCUUUUUUAUAUUAUCAAGAAAUGUGAUUCAGAUUUCCCCAAGUUGACAGAAAAAUGUAAAAUCUGUUUCUAACAGAUGUUCCCCAUGAUCCCCCAAAUGUAAACAUGUUUUGAAGACGAUAGUGAGACAACCUGUUUACACAAGGAAGUACUUAAAAAAGCAAACAAAAAAGCAUCACCCAGAGCAGUCAUUGUGAUCAAAGUGCCGUCAAUUAUUAGGGUGUAAAGGGAACUGAUGACUCAACUUAGCACCACCGCGGUCUCCAGAUUUCAGUUUCGUAACAGAGUUUCUUUUCAGGAAUAUUUCUUCAUUUACACACAAAUCCGAUUUUCUUUCUAAAAUGUUUCUCGAUUUUCGUCAAACCGAAAUACCAGGAUCCCUUCAAAAGAUAACUCCGAUACCCAGAUUAUGCUCAGAUAAGCGUCAUGCAGGCACGCAUCACCAUGGAGAGCUGGGGUUUUUACUCCCUGGGAUCCAGGUGCCUGAGAGGAGGGACAAGUCCUUUCACAGAGUGGCUCCUGGCUCCCUGCUCUUCCACCUCCCCGAUUAGUCAGAUGCAGCAUAGAAACUCUCAGACUGCGUGGUGGUAGAAAAUAACUUUCUGAAUCAAUCAAAGUGUGAUAUUUUGAUCCUUUCACAUGCCUGGGUAUUCUGGGCAAAUGCAUGUUCAAAUCAGUGACUCAUGAAUCAAGAUGCAAAGUAGGUCUCUUGAGUGCUGGCUGGCUGGAAAUCAGCUUUUAAACCUGAAGUGAGAUACAGUCUAAUAAAAAAAAAAAUUGUGGUUUGUGCCAGUCUUGGCAGUUUUUGUGGAAAUAUCAUCGCUGCCCCUCAAGUACUGUACAAUGGGAGCCUGCCCCAAUUUGGAAAGAAGGGGGAUAGGUAAAAAGAAGUGUCUAUGUUAAAACUCACAAGAAGUCUGUCUUAUAGGAAAGUUAUUUUGUAAAGGUUCAUUCAAAAUCCUUUAGGAUAUGCUUUCCCAAAUUAUAAAUUCUUUUACUUUGAGGCUGGUGAGGGCAGCCCCUGUAUCAUCCUCACCUAAGGAUGCCCACUUAAUUAGACUUAAGGGGGUAGCCUAGGAAAUGGACCUCUACUUAUAAAACCACUUCCAUGGAAAAUAGGUUCAUGUUUUACCACGUAUCUUGGAGUCCCAGGAAAUUUUCUCUCCAGAAAAUUAAAUGAGUUGUCAGUAAAAGUAGCAAUGUCACCAAAACUAUGACCUAGAAGUGAGGGCACCCUAGCAGCACCAGGGGAGGAGGGAGUGGCAGCCUGGGUUCUCAGUAUUUACAGUGCAAUUUAAGUAGUAGGGCUGUGUACCAGGAUUUACCUCUGCUUUAGAAUAACUAAUGAUAAUUAAGAUGUCAAUCCACACACACACCAAAAAAAAAACCUCUUAAAAUGAAUAAAACAGUUCAACAAGAUUGUAGGAUACAAGAUCAAUACACAAAAAUCAAUUGUAGUUCUAUGUAUUAGCAGCAAAACUCUGAAAAUGAAACAAUGCCAUUUACAGUACGUUGAAGGGAAUAAAAUAAUUAGAAAUAAAUUCAACAAAAAAAUUGCAAGACUUGUACACUGAAAACUAUAAAACAUUGUUUAAAGAAAGCAAAAAACCUGUUGACAUAGCGACCCGAUAGGACAGAGUAGCACUGCCUCAUAGGAUUUCCAAGAAGCUGCUGGUAAAUUCCAACUGCCGACCUUUUGGUUAGCAUCCUGAGCUCUUAACCACUGCGCCACCAGGGCUCCAGCAAAGAAGACCUAAAUAAAUGGAAAGAUAUCCAAUGUUCAUGGAUCAGAGGAGGUAAUAUUGUUCAAAUGGCAGUAUUACCCAAACUGAUUUACAGAUUCAGUGCAGUCUCUAUCAGAAUCCCAGUUGGGUUUUGUACAAAAAUUAACAAUUCAUAUGGAAAUGCCAGGAACCCAGAAUAGCUAAAACAAUCUUGAAAAAGAACAAAGUUGGAGAGCUCACCUUUCUGAUUUAAAACAUGCUACAAAGAUACAGUAAUAAGACAGUAUAGUACUAGCAUAAGGACAUGCUAAUAUAAAUCGGUAGAAUAUAACUGAGAGUCUAGAAAUAAACCCUUACAUUUAUGGGUUAAAAAAAUUUUUUAUUUUUCAACAACGUGCCAGGACAAUUCAGUGGAGAAAGAAGGGUCUUUUCAACAAAUGGUGCUGGGACAACUGGGUAUCCACUUGCAAAAGAAUGAACUUAGACUUUCACCUCAUGCCAUAUACAAAAAUUAACUCUAAGUGAAUCCUAGAACUAGGUGUAAGAGCUAAAACUAUAAAACUCUUAGAAGAAAACAUAGGAGUAAAUUUUUGUGACCUUGGAUUGGGCAGUUGUUUCUUCCAUAGGACACCAAAAGCACAAAUGAUGAAAAAAUAGACAACGAUGACUUCGUCAAAAUUUAAAACUCCUGUGCUUCAAAGGACACCAUUAAGAAAGUGAAGCGUUAACCCACAGAAUGAGAGAAAACAUUUACAAACCAUCUAUAUGAUAAGGGACUUGUAUCCAGAAUAUAUAAAAAAUUAUUACAUUUCAGUAGUAAAAAGACAAAUAGCCAGGUUAAAAAUGGACAGAAUUUGAAUAGUCAUUUCUCCAGAGAAGACGUGAAAAGAUGUGCAAUAUCAUUAUCAUCCCCAUUUUUUCAUAUUAGAAAAUGGGGGCUUUGUUUAUGUUACUUGGCCAAAGUCACUUAGCUAGUAAAUUGGAUUUGGACUCAGGUCUGUCUGACCCUAAAGUUUAUUUUCCUCCCACUGCACCACACUGCCCCUAAAGGAGAAACCCCAUCCCAAGCCGAACAGAGAACUGACAGGGUCUCCCACUUAGAGUGGUGGGCUAUGAUAAUUCCCAAGGAGCAAAGAUAUGAAAGGGUGAAGGAUGCUUUGGGAGGAAAUGAAAUUAAAUACAAAGAGGAGGUUGUUACUUUUAGCGUAAAGAAAAAAAUCAAGUUUAUAUUUUAAAAUGUUCCAAGUGCUAUAAAUGACAGACAUGGAAAGUAAUGGUAAGAGAAAGGGGACAGACAGAUCCGGGUUGGCAAAUUAAAGAGCAGAACCUACGGACAUCAAGAUAGACCCAUCAUGUCAUGUGUGUUCCCAGAGCGGCAGGCUGAUUUGGUGAGAGACACAGGCAUGCUGACAGUAAGUUUGACUAGAAAUCAGGUAGGGAUGUUCCUGAAGUCUACACGAAAAAGAAGUCAUAUUUCCUCCAAAGACUAAAGUGGCCCCAGAGGAAGUCAUCCUGGGACAGUCCAGGUACCAGGAUCCAGUACUGGGGUCUGUAGACAAAAUGAACUCCUGUUGGAGUUUAUUUACAGCAGGAGAUUUUAACCUAGAUUCUUAGGGGACCCCUGGGUAGGCUUCAAAGGACCCUUGAACGCUAAAAAUUGCGUGGAAAUGUUUGGUGCGUGUGCAUUUUUUCUUGGGGAGAGAGGGUCAUCAGGUUCUUAAAGGGUCUAUGACAGGAGAAAGGUUAAAAAAAGUUGGUUUUAACAUUUAUCGUAAAGUGCCAGACAAAUUUUCUGGCUGUGUGAUAAAUUGUGUUAAAUGGUCUGGCACUCCUAAUUUUUGGAAUAAAAUUGAAUUCUUAGUGAAUGACCUCAGCCUGCAGUGCUGUCUGAUUCUGUCCUGGCAUUUGAUAGAACUUGUUAGGGGAUUAGGUAAGACAGGAUGUUGGUACAUUUGAGGUCAUUAAACCAAGAAGGGAAGGGGAAAGAAAGAAAUCUUGUUAUAUGUAUUAUGCAGUUGAACUCAAAGUUGAAUAGCUAAGGGACUUUGUGCUUUGUGCCAACACUUUUAACCCUUUCAUGACCCAAUUAUUUUUUUCCUUUUUAUUUGUUGUUGAUACUAUGUGUUUUCAGUCAUGGAGGGUGUGCUGAAUCAUUGAGUGUGUCUGAAUUUUUGGUAGGCAAUAUGGUUUUUGCUUUAUGCCUCAUUUGACAAAUCGUAACUUGGCAUUCAGAGAUACACAUGUGUACCCCUUGUAAACACAAAUCGUAUCCCCAGAGUCCAGAGGUAUAUAUGUGUACCAAAUAAAAAUUGCCAGAAUUCGUGUUUUUUCCUACCAAAAAUUCGGUGAUUCAGCACCAGCUCAUACUGUACUGUAAAAACAGUCAUUUGCAGCACAUGCCUGUUUUUUUCCCUUUCAAGCGGUUUUUUAGGGCCCUGCCUGCCAGCAGCACGUACUAUCAGUGGGACAGUAGCUUCCCAGUGAACCCCAGAGGUACAAAAAGUAAAUGGUAGCUAUAUAUGCCACUGAUCCUGAAAGGAAACCCUGCUUCAAAACAGACUGGAGUGGCAGAGACAGCUCCGUAUAGAUGCAGAGCACUGAUAAAUACUUAUCUUUCCAAGAAAUACUGUUUUACUUGUCCUUUUAUGGAGGAGGUGUGGAAAGCUGUGAUGUCCUGGGUUGCAUAAAGUUUUUGUAAACAGAUAUGGUAGUAUAGAACCCAGAGAAAUAACAAAAGCUACCUUUUCACCUGGUGGCCAGCGUUCUCAAAGUUCCAGUUUCAAGACUAGGAGAGCAGUGAAGAAGAACCUGCAUAUCAGAGCACCUGAUAUGUAUUAACAGUUUUGUUAAAUGAAAUGUAACUCCCAAAGUUUAUUUUCCACCUGUCUUUUCCUUCAAUUUUUUCUCUUCCUUCAAUCUUAUUUUGAAUUUACUAUUCAGGAAGUACUCAAAAUGUACUCAAAAUGAGGGAAAAUCAUUUGCCUUUGAGACAAGAAUGCCAAGUAUCUUUAUGAUAUACGAAACCCUGGUGACAUAGUGGUUAAGUGCUAUGGCUGCUAACCAAAAAGGUUGGCAGUUCAAGUCCACCAGGCGCUCCUUGGAAACUCUAUCGGGCAGUUCUACUCCAUCCUCUAGGGUUGCUAUGAGUUGGAAUCAACUCGACAGCAGUGGGUUUGGUUUUUUGAUUUAUACGAUACUACCAAGCCCUUUGGACCAAGCCCUUUUCUAUGUAUGAUACGACUACAUAAAUAACAGACAAAAGAUUAUGUGGUAAAUGAAAGUGCUCAUUUAAGCAUUGUGAGGUCCCACCUCUGCCACUCACUGGCUGUGGGACCUGGGACCAUGAAUAUGGAUGCAGCUGGUAAGCCCUCAAUAAAUACUACUUUCUCUUCCCAUCUUCUUCCCACACCUGGAUUUCUUCAUCAGUAAAAUGAGAAGGUUGGACUAAGUGACCUCCAAGGUCACUUUCAACUCUGCUGUUCCAUAAUUUAAACUCACUAAGGGAGAAAAAAAUACAGGUCUGCAGAGCAGUAUAAAAAUCCUUAUGGACAAAUACAGUCCGCCAUCUCCCUGUGUGUACACAUAGAGCUUCUUUGGCUUUUUACUUUCAUUCUCUCUGUUCCCCAUUCUUUCUCUUUCUUAGCCAGCCAGCAGUCAUCCAUGAACUUGGAAGUGAGAAGAGAAGGCAGACGGGAAGGGAGUGAGGUGGCCCAAGACACAGGCCUGGGCGGAGGGCCAUCGGGGGUUGAUGUCAGGCUGCGUUAGGGACUCCAGCAAGACUGGAGUUGAGCCUGACAGUGCCACAUGGUUAUCGGCACAGCAGGACUCAGGGCCAUGGCCCAAGGACAAGAUUUAGCACUACUGAUAUUUAUAUAAGCAGGUGGUGGCUGGAAUGUAGAGACUGUAAAUCCAGAAACUGAGGUCACUGAGGAAGACAAAGCAGGAAACAGAGCCUCCGGGGAAAGAAGAGGUUGUAUCAUAAGAUGGCAGCUGGAGAGGAGGGUAAGAGCAGCUGUGUGGUCAGUCUCCAGGCAGGAUUCGAGCUGGAAGUACAUCAAAUUUGAGUGUGACAACUGAAGGGUCAGUGAAGGCAGGGAGAUCCACAGAGCAGCGUGCCUCCACUAUUUCUAGUAUAUGCAUCUGCCACUCGACCCUGCAGUGAUUUGGCAUUCAUUCAUUCAUUCAUUUAUUGAUUCUUCAAGUUUGUGCCAGGCAUUCUUCCAAGUGCUAGGGAUUAGUGGUAAAUAAGAAACGUUAGGUUCUUGCCACAUAAAAUUAGCCAUCACAUAGGUCUUAUGUAAAUCUGGAGGGACAAUAGGUAAUAACAUAAUAAAUUAACAUGCAGAUUGUGAUUAAUACUCUAACGGAACCAAACAGGGUGUUGUGUAGCUGUUGGGGAGGGGACAGAAUGGAACUCUGCUCCAUGCAGAGAAGAGUUAACAUAGCAGGCCUAAGAUUGCUAUCUUAGUCAUCUAGUGCUGCUAUAACAGAAAUACAAGUGGAUGGCUUUAACAAAGAGAAAUUUAUUUUCUCACAGUCUAGUAGGCUAGAAGUCCAAAUUCAGGGUGUCAGCUCCAGGGGAAGGCUUUCUCUCUCUGUGGGUUCUGGAGGAAGGUCCUUGUGAUGCAUGAGUCUUCCCUUGGUCUGGGAGCAUGUCAGUACAGGAACCUCAGGUCCAAAGGAUGCGCUCUGCUCCCAGCACUGCUUUCUUGGUGGUAUGAGGUCCCCAUGCCUCUCUGCUCGCUUCUCUCUUUUAUAUCUCAAAAGAGAUUGGUUUAAGACACUGUCUAAUCUUGUAGACCUCAUCAAUGUAAUUGCCACCCAUCCAUCUUAUUACAUCAUAGUGAUAGAAUUUACAACAUAUAGGAAAAUCACAUAAAAUGGACAAUCACACAAUACUGGGACUCAUGGCCUGGCUAAGUCGACACAUAUUUUGGGGAGACACAAUUCAAUCUAUGACAAUUGCUAUCCUUAGUAAGGCCUGCUUACAAGAUUGAGCCUUGGCUGGCAUCUGGAGACUUGAAUUUCAGGAUUGUUACUACCAUUCCCUAAUAAGGAAGGUUUACUUUGCCUAAGCUCUUUGUAUAAACAGUGUGGUUUAUGUUGAACACCUGCUUUCCUUCUGAGAGUCUGGCAUUUUGGUGCGUACCAGGCAGAGGGUGCCUACAUGAACAGUCCCCAACAAAAACCCUGGGCUCUGAGUCUCUAAUGAGUUUCCCUGGUAGACAGUACUUCGAACAUGUUGUCACAAUUCGAUGCUGAAGAAAUUAAGAGCAGCCCAUGUGACUCCCCUGGGAGAGGACGCUUGGAAGCUUGUGCCUGGUUUCCUCCAGAUUUUGCCCCAUGAGCCGUUUCGCUUGUUGAUUUCACUCUGUAUCCUUUCACUGUAAUAAAUGGUAGCUGUGAGUGCAGCUACAUGCUGAGUCCUGUGGGUCCUUUUAGUGAAUCACCUAACCUGGGCAUAGACUUGGACCUGAAAACAGGCAGUUACCAUGACAGCGGCAGUGGACCCGGUGAGAGAUGAUGGUGAUGGCAAUGGAAACAGAGAAGAGUGGACAGAUUUAAGAUGCAAUUUGAAGACAGAACCAACAGGAUUUGCUGAUGAAUUGGAUGUCAGAAGUGAGGGAGAGACAGAGAUACACAAGAUAACUCCUAGGUGUUUGGCUGGAACAACUGAGUCAAUAGUAAAUCCUUUAACUGAAUCAGUGGGUUAGAUGUCUCACCUUACCUGUCUUCAAGGUCCUUGGCCAGACUUGUUGCAGCCCUUGCCCGUGCUGCAGCAUCCAAUCUGUAUGGACUCUACCAGCCUCACCUGGGGACAGCCCAGCAGCACCUUGCCUUGUGUGAGACACUGUACUUCUGCAGCUUAGAAGUCAAGGCGUACCUGCCUUUGGCAGGCGAGGCUAGCAAGCAUGUGCAGCUCCUCAGAAAGGAGUAGGGCUUUGUAGAUUUUCUCUGGCCAAUAAAUGAAACACUGACAAAGUUUCCAGACAGAGGAAAGGAGGCAGAGUGACCUCAGCAACUCAGACCAAGUGUUGAACCUUGGAGGAGUCAAGGCACUGUUGAUGCCAUCUGUGUUCCCAAGGAACUGCCCUUCUAAGUUGAUAGGGACCCCAACAUGCCUGUCCAUCUGCAUUCCUGCAGGUGGAGUGGUGCAGGAGCUUAGCCUCCAGCUGCCUGAUUUCUCAAAUGAUCUUUGAAGAAAGGAUGGAAAAUAUGGUUCCUGAGCCCUAGAAACACCCUGGAAUGCCACAGCAGAACUGCUACCACCCAGUCCUUACUUUAGGCAUUUUCUCCUUGGGUAUUGCCAGGGAUGAUUAUGAUCUUCAAAGACUGGACCCAGAGUGAGAUACCAAUCGUUUUCACUGCUACGUCCAGUGUUGGGGAGCAGAUAACAUCAUCUGUUAAUAAUGCUUGGUAGUACUUUUUUUUUCAAGAGUCUGCUGUAGAAAAAAAAAUCUUUCUCUACUUCACGAAUAUAGCCAUUUCAGUUUUAACAAGUUGUUGUCGUGCUGUCGAGUUGAUUCUGACUCAUAGAGAUACAAUAGGACAGAACAGAACUGCCCUAUCAUACGGUUUUCUAGGCUGUUAUUUUUACGGGACCAGAUCAGCCACUGGUAGGUUUGAAUCGCCCACCUUUUGGUUAACAGCCAUGCACUUAACCAUUGCACCACCAGGGCUCCUUAUAAAGUCUACAAAAAAAAAAACCAAAACCUGUUGCCAUCAAGUUGAUUCCAACUCAUAAUGACUCUACAGGACAGACUAGAGCUGCUCCAUAGGGCUUCCAAGGAGCAGCUGGUGGAUUCGAACUGCUGCUGACCUUUUGGUUAGCAGCCGAGCUCUUAACCAUCGCACUAAAAAAACCCAAAAAUCAGAUUAUGUACCUCCAGCCUUGCUUCUUUUUAGCUUUUUCUCUUUUCUGAAUUGUUAGUGGCGAGUAGUUCUGAUUGCCCCAUCCUCUGUGAUAGGGGUGAAAAUCUGAACAAGCUCUCCCAUUGUAGACACCUUGCAUAGCAAAGAAGUAAAUUUUCUCACUUUGGUUCUCCAACUAGAAUAACUUGGUCCCAGCACCUGAAAUGUGUUAAGUGGAAACUUUCAGAGUUGUUUUAUCUUAAUUAAAUUUCUCCAUCCUGUCUUAAAUGGCUUCUGUCUUCACUGCAGCAAAAAAGCACAUUUCCUUGCGUCACCUUCCCAGGCCAGUAGAACAAAACACAAAAGCCACAAGAUCUGUGAUUCAAAGGUCUUCUGCCUUAUGAGGACACUCAGUGACCUGUCACAAGGUUGCCCCACAAAGCUUUGGGGUCCAUGUCUGAAUGGAUUGCUGUAGCCUUCUCAUUUCUCCGUUCACCCAGUGCCCUGCAUCCUAAGACUCGGCGCCAGCACAGGACCUGGAAAAAUUACAUGGUGUGAACGGCAUGUCUGUGGAUGAGAAGCCUGACUCCCCCAUGUAUGUGUAUGAGUCCACAGUCCACUGCACCAACAUCCUCCUGGGCCUCAAUGACCAGCGGAAGAAGGAUAUUCUCUGUGACGUGACUUUGAUCGUGGAGAGAAAGGAGUUCCGGGCCCACCGGGCUGUGCUGGCCGCAUGCAGUGAAUACUUCUGGCAGGCGCUGGUCGGACAGACGAAACAUGACUUGGUGGUCAGCUUGCCUGAGGAGGUCACGGCCAGGGGCUUUGGGCCGCUGUUACAGUUUGCCUACACUGCCAAGCUGUUACUCAGCAGAGAAAACAUCCGCGAGGUCAUCCGCUGUGCUGAGUUCCUACGCAUGCACAACCUGGAAGACUCCUGCUUCAGUUUCCUGCAGACCCAGCUCUUGAACAGCGAGGAUGGCCUGUUUGUGUGCCGAAAGGACACGGCGUGCCAGCGCCCGCACCAGGACCAUGAGAACUCCGUGGGAGAGGAGGAGGAAGAGGAAGAGGAGACAAUGGACUCAGAGAUGGCUAAGAUGGCUUGCCCCAGGGACCAGAUGCUUCCAGACCCCAUCAGCUUUAGCGCCGCUGCCGUCCCAGUAGCAGAGAAGGAAGAAGCCCUGCUGCCCGAGCCUGACGUGCCGACGGACAUCAAGGAGAGCUCAGAAAAGGACGCGUUAACGCAGUACCCCAGAUACAAGAAAUACCAGCUUGCGUGUACCAAGAAUGUCUAUAAUGCAUCAUCACACAGUACCUCAGGUUUUGCAAGCACAUUCAGUGAAGAUAAUUCUGGCAACAGCCUCAAGCCAGGCCUUGCCAUGGGGCAGAUUAAAAGCGAGCCGCCCAGUGAAGAGAACGAGGAAGAGAGCAUAACGCUCUGCCUAUCAGGAGAUGAGCCUGAUGUCAAGGACAGAGUGGGGGAUGUAGAAAUGGACCGGAAACAGGCCAGCCCUGCCACCACCCCUGCCCCCACCACCCCUGCCGGGGCUGCCUGCAUGGAUAGAUCCAGAAGCGUGUCCUCUCCCUCCUGUUUAAGGUCUCUAUUCAGUAUAACAAAAAGUGUGGAGCUGUCUGGUUUACCCAGUACUUCUCAACAGCACUUUGCUAGGAGUUCAGCAUGCCCUUUUGACAAGGGGAUCACUCAGGGUGACCUUAAAACUGACUACACCCCUUUCACGGGGAAUUACGGACAGUCCCACAUGGGCCAGAAGGACGCAUCCAACUUCACCAUGGGGUCGCCCCUCAAGGGGCCUGGGUUGGAGGCUCUCUGUAAGCAAGAAGGAGAGUUGGACCGGAGAAGUGUCAUCUUCUCCUCAAGCACUUGUGACCAAGUGAGCACUGCGGUGCAUUCAUAUUCUGGGGUAAGCAGUUUGGACAAAGACCUCUCUGAGCCAGUGCCAAAGGGUCUGUGGGUAGGAGCUGGCCAGUCCCUCCCCAGCUCCCAGGCCUACUCCCAUGGUGCACUGAUGGCUGACCACUUGCCAGGAAGGAUGCGGCCCAACACCAGCUGCCCGGUGCCAAUCAAAGUUUGCCCUCGCUCACCCCCCUUGGAGACCAGGACCAGAACUUCCAGCUCGUGUUCCUCAUACUCCUAUGCGGAGGACGGGAGCGGGGGCUCGCCCUGCAGCCUCCCUCUCUGCGAGUUUUCCUCCUCGCCCUGUUCCCAGGGAGCCAGAUUCCUUGCCACGGAACAUCAGGAACCAGGCCUGAUGGGAGACGGAAUGUACAACCAAGUCCGGCCCCAAAUUAAAUGUGAGCAGUCUUACGGAACCAACUCCAGUGAUGAAUCCGGAUCAUUCUCGGAAGCAGACAGUGAGUCGUGUCCUGUGCAGGACAGGGGCCAGGAGGUCAAACUUCCUUUUCCUGUAGAUCAAAUCACAGAUCUUCCAAGGAACGACUUCCAGAUGAUGAUUAAGAUGCACAAGCUAACCUCAGAACAGUUAGAGUUCAUUCACGAUGUCCGACGGCGCAGCAAGAACCGCAUCGCGGCCCAGCGCUGCCGAAAGAGGAAACUGGACUGUAUUCAGAAUUUAGAAUGUGAAAUCCGUAAACUGGUGUGUGAGAAAGAAAAACUGUUGUCAGAGAGGAAUCAACUGAAAGCAUGCAUGGGGGAACUAUUAGACAACUUCUCCUGCCUUUCCCAGGAAGUCUGCCGAGAUAUCCAGAGCCCCGAGCAGAUCCAGGCCCUGCACCGGUAUUGCCCUGUCCUGAGACCAGUGGAUCUCCCCACUGCCUCCAGUAUUAACCCUGCGCCCUUAGGCGUUGAGCAGAACCUUGCAGCCUCCCAGUGUGCUAUGGGGGAAAACGUGGCCUGCUGCUUGGAGCAGGGCGCAGCGCCCCCUGGUGUCCCCUGGGUACCCAGCAAUGCCUCAGAGAAUUGUACCUCUGGGAGGAGGCUGGAAGGCCCUGAACCAGGGACCUUCUCAGAGAGAGGUCCUCCUCUUGAACCUAGGAGCCAAACGGUGACCGUGGACUUCUGCCAGGAAAUGACUGAUAAAUGUACAACUGAUGAACAGCCCAGAAAAGACUAUACCUAGUGACUCGACCUGCCUCCCCAGCUCUCACGCCUCUCCCAUCCAAGUGUUCCUCCAUCAGCCUGGGCGCUGUUCAUCUGUUGUCCCGAAGAACGAAGAACCAUUUGGUGCACACUACAGCAGUCUUAGCAGCAAUACUGUUUCUAAGUAUUCCCUCCUCUCUUCAAGCAGGAGUGGUUUAUAGUUACCUUUACAAUGGUGCUACCCCUUGCUCAGGCAAGGAAAGACAGCAGUGGCCACACUGUCUGUCUAUGGGUUAAUUUCAGUCUUAACAGGGAUAGACUAUAACACCUCUAGGACCCAACCACGGAUUUUUUUCUCAGUGGCCCAUGUCACAAACCCUAUCUCAGGAAUUUCUUCUGAAUGUUCAAUUUUUUUCAUUGAAGACAGCUUCUAUACACAUCAAAGUUUUAUAGCUAGACUGUACAUAUUAUAUAUAAUAUAUAUAAAAUAUAUAUAUAUAUAUAUCUCCAUAUGCAAAAGUCCUGCAUGCCUCCGUUUUCUCAUCCUAAAACUGGAAACUUCAUUUCUCAUUUAUGAACAGGUUCCAACAUUCCUCUUCUUUUGUAUUUGAUGCUAGAACUAGCUUGGGAACUGUUAACAUGGUCAUUUUUUCUUGCUUCCCAGUUCAAUUUCAAUUUGUACUUAUUUAUGGACAAAAUUCAAUGUUGGAAACAUUUUUGGGGGGCAGAGUUUUAUUUCAGAACUUUUUUGUUUGGUUUGGUUUGGUUUAGGCACCACCACAUGGUGUCCGUCAUUUGUGCAUUGUGGGUUGGGUUUUUUUGUUUGUUUUCUUGCAGAUACUGUACAGUAAUGGUCAACUUUGCCACUUGCACUGAGUUUUGGGUCAAACCUAUUUUCUUAAAUGAAGUUGUGACUUCAGUAUAACUCAAGUAUACUGUAUACUCUUUGCUUUUAGUUAAAAAGUAAAACUUUUUUAGCUAAUUAAAAAGCACUCAGGUGAUAAUUAUGUAGGAAAAAACAAUCUUGCCAAAUAACGAAUUCAUCCUAGGAUGUGUAGACAAUAAUCUGCUUGAAUAUUUUUAUAUUUCACCUCCUCCCCACCUUUCCCUAAGAAAGUUGAAAUGCAGACAAGGUCAGCGUUGAUGCUAGAUGCUCAGAUUCCUAAGUGGGGAGAGAAUUUGGACAUCUCACUCAAAAAUGCAUCAACAGAGCAGGAAUCCGUGAUUUUAUACCAGAACUCAGCAGGCAUUGGCUUCUAGAAAUCAAGUUAGAACUAUUUUCUCACCCAGGGAGUAAGGCCCAUUCAUGUCAACACUUCAUCAGGCCACUGCUUGCUCUUGGAAGUGUUGUGCAGUAGGACUUAUCUUGAAUGACUUAACUGACCAGCCACCCAACUUCCCUGCCCAGGAUCAACCUCCCAGAACAUCUCGCCUUAGGGAUUUGAAUCGAGGUUCCUCAGGUCCUGCCUUUAAGUGGUGGUCAUAGGUUGGUAGAGCUCACCCAGAGUAGGAAAGAGUAGGACAGAUGCAACCCUGAGGUCUGUCCCUGACACAUGCAAAAGCAUUUCUUUCUCCCUUCCUUCUCCACAUGUUUUGAGUUGAAUUCUGCGAUUUCUCCCCUGGUUUCUUGUCUGAAGGCAGAUUUCAUCCUGAGGCUUUGGGCAGGAGCCUUCCUACCCCCUUCCCUACAUACACUCACCCUACCUUCAGCUGUUGGUGAUUUUCUUCUCUUGCUGUAGUACUGGUUGGCUUGCAACCCAGCAAGAGCAGCUUCCCUUGGCCCCCCGGGCGUGUUUACAGGAAGGUGUGUCCCGGGAUUCUGCAGCAGGGAAUGAGAAAGAAUCAGCUCCCUUCCUGCACUGGUCCGUCUGGCUGCGCAGCCCACGGGCCCCUGCAGCCUGGCUGUGCAGGAGAGUCUUGAACGGUUUGAUGUGGGGAUGGGGUGGUGGGUAGUGGGGAUUAGAUGGUUGACUUUGUUUCUUUAUUUGUGCCAUUGUUUGGGCAAUAUUAAAGCUGCAUGUAAAAAAGGGGGAAAUUAGUACAUGAUGUAGGCAAAAAGUGAAAUCAUAGUAACAUAUGUUUUAGUAUUCUUAACUUUUUUCUAUACAAAAUAUUAGAGCUAAAUGUUUAAAUAGGUAUGAAUGCCAGAAAUUUGUUGGUUCAUACGGUAGGAUUUUUUUUUUAAAAAAAAAAAAAAAACGGCUUUUCUUUGAAAAUGAUUCCACUUUUAAAAUCUGCCUCUGGGUUUUCGUUUUUUCUCAUGGGUGGAUGGAUGUAUGUGUGUGUGUGCUUGUCUGAAACAGAUUUUGAUAAAGCUCUGUGUUCAAGAUAACGUUUUUAUUACAGUUGUUGGAAUGUCUUGGCCUAGUACAACAGUUCUGGGCUUCACCAUAAGGUUUGCCUUUGUGGAAAACUGGUGACAGCUAGAAUUUAAAAUUCAAUGUGAAUCACAUGAUACUUCAUAGGCAUGUGUUAUGGUGGAGGAGUCAGCCAACAGUAUUUUGUUUUUUAACUAUUUUGUUGCCUUUUGUAAGCGACCUCUGCUCUCCUUCUUUAAAGAGGAAUGUUUUCUGUUCACAUACUAACCAGGUCCAAACCAGCUUCUUGGCCAUGAUUUACCCUGGUAACAAGUCGUGCAACUGGUAGUCUUGACCACAUUCCGUCCGUUUCCUCUAGUUUCUGUUGUUCAGUAUGCACACACCUUGUGCUGCUGUGAUUUCCGAGCGGGGAGGGACCUCUUUAUUUCUCUCCACCCUAACGCAGCCCACAUCCUCCUCCUACCAACCCUUGCUUUUCUUCCUCAUCCCCAACCACACCCCUGCCGUGAGAACUGGUUAAAAACACCGCUCUAAAAACUGUCUUUCGAGUUCUUAGAGGUUUUUUAAAAGUUAUUAUUUCAUUCAUUAUCUGCCAUGAACAGUGACUGGCUUUGUGCAAUUGCUUAUGUGACAUGUCUGUGUCUUUUACCACUUGGAACCAUGUGCUUGUCAGAAUUAUCUCCAGGCUGAUUCAAAGGGAUGACUAGCUGGGGACCAGGAUCCAAAUUGCCUCAAGUAGAAUUUAAAAACCCAGUCUGUCUCCUUUCCCUGAGAUCCCUUAGUCAACCCCAUGUCUUUUAUGAAAAGGAAAAGCAGGUUAACAGCAAAGAAUAUUUGCACAGGACAGUGACAUUUAGUUGUGUUUUUAAGGGUCCUUCUAUUCAAAAUGGAGCCCUGGUGGCCCAGCGGUUAAGAGCUACCUCUGCUAACCCAAAGGUCGGCAGUUCAAAUCCACCAGCUGCUCCUCAGAAACCCUGUGGGGCGUUCUGCUCUGUCCUAUAGGGCUGCUAUGAGUCAGAAUCGACUCAACAGCAAUGAGUCUUUUUUUAUUUUCCGUGCAAAAUAGAGGACCCUCUAACCCUGGACUUCUUAGGGGGAUCCCAGUGACAGAGAGACAGUGGAGGUGGCUCUGUGAUUAGUUAACAUCCCACCUGAAUGUCAUCCUCCCCUUGGAUCUGCCUUUGGUCUACUCCUGUGUCCAGACACCCUCACUUCAUUCAGGUCUGUCAGGCUUUGGGCAGGUGAGUACUUUGCUGUCUGUGUUUGUUUCUCUGCGUUAUCUGGGGGUGCCUUGAAUAAAAUCAAACUUCAUACUGAUUCUGGAACAAAAUAGUUGCAAAGAGGCAAAAAAAAAAAAAAGGCUGACAAA